CUCUCUGCCCGACUCACCGGGGAGUUUCCUGCCAAGUAAGGAGAGGAGAAGAAGCGCUCAUUAAAAGUCCUGGCAGGGAGGCAGCCAAGCCGGGGCCCCGCCCUUGCUACGAGGCGGAGACAGCCCGAGUCAGAGCCAGAGCUGGACUCGAGAGAAAGCAAAGACAAGGAAGAGAGGGAGGAAACAAGGACGCCUCCUCCUGUUGAGCCACUCGCGCCGCCACCUUUGCAGCCAGUCGGGAGGAGCUGCUCCUCGCCUCACCUGGUUGCCUUUCCGCCCAGGCGGCCUCUGCCUAGUGCCUUCUCGCCCUCAGAAAUGGCCCCCCUCCAGCUCCUGGCCGGACUCCUGGUACUAACUCUGCUUUGUGAUGCUUGCAAGAAAGUGACCUUUAAUGUGCCUGCAAAAAUUGAAGCAAUGACCUUAAUUGGUAGAGUAAAUCUCAGGCAGUGUCUGAGGACUCCAGACCUGAUCAGUUCAAGCGAUCCUGACUUCUUGAUUCUAGAAGAUGGUUCUGUAUAUACUAGAAAUAGUGUUUCUUUAUCUUCUGAGAACAAAACCUUUACUGUACUACUUCAGGACUUGCAGGAUAAUCAGCAGAAGAAAAUACAUGUCAGUUUGGUGUCUCACCCCAAAAUGAAACACAAAACCAAAGACACUGUUCUGAGGCGAAGUAAACGAAGAUGGGCUCCUGUUCCUACUGUUAUUAUGGAAAACUCACUGGGACCUUAUCCAAUGCAAAUUCAGCAGUUGUCUUCUGAUACAGCCCAAAGAUAUAAUAUAACCUAUUCUAUAACUGGUCCUGGUGUUGACGAACCACCAGUAAAUUACUUCUACAUUGAGGCAGAAACUGGAAAUCUCUUUGUUACUAGAGCAAUAGACCGGGAAGAGUAUCCAGAAUUUAAGAUAAUUUGCUCUGCUAAGGCACAAGAUGGCUAUACUCCGGAGAUCCCACUUAUACAUAUAAUUCGAAUAGAGGAUGAUAAUGACAACCCCCCACUUUUUAACCCAAGUACUGUGGUGUUUGUUAUUCCUGAAAGUAGUAGAUCUGGUACUGUUAUAGGACAAAUGAUUGCAACAGACAGAGAUGAACCAAAUUCAUUGCACACUCAACUGAAAUACAGAAUUGUGGGUCAAAAUCCUGCACCCUUACGUGGCACCAGUACAUUUAAUGUAAAUGCAGAUUCAGGUGUUAUUACUUUGCAUACAUCUGCAACUCUGGAUAGAGAGACAACAGAUAAAUUUGUAGUCCUAAUUGAAGCAAGAGAUAUGGCAGGUCAGCGCUUUGGUUUAUGCAGUACCGGAACAGCUGUCAUUGAAGUUGAAGAUUCUAAUGACCAUGCACCCAUGUGUGAACAUGGCAUGUAUGAAGUAUAUGUUCCUGAAAAUACAUUUGGUACGAAAGUACUGGACAUUGGUAUCAUAGAUAAAGAUGCAGAAGGAACACCAGGCUGGCAUGCUACUUUUGACAUUAUAAGGGGGAAUGAAGAUGGUGCUUUCAAAAUUGAGAGAGAUCCAAAUUCAAAUGUUGGUGUUUUGUGUACUGAAAAGGGGCUAGACUAUGAAAAGAACAAGGAGAGAAGAUUGGAAAUUGUUGUAAACAAUGAAGCGCCUUAUGUGCUGGGACCAAACUCAAGACCAAUCUCUACAAGCACUUGUGUUGUUGUUGUCAAGGUCCGGGAUGUGGAUGAAGGACCUGUAUUUGAUCCUUGUGUAUAUGUUCUAAAUGUUAAAGAAUGUUUGGAUGGUGGAACACUGGUUGGCCAGUACCUAGCAAGGGAUCCAGAGACUGGAAAUAGUGAAGGCAUACGGUAUGGAGUGUUAAAUGAUCCAUGCAAUUGGAUCACUCUGGACAACACAGGUCACAUCAAAACCACAAGACUGUUAGACAGAGAUGCACCAGAUCUGAAGCUCUAUCAGUGUAACGUAACAGUCAUUGCUACAGAUCGAAGUGGUAAAACAGGCACUGGAACAGUGGUGGUUAAUUUACUAGAUGAAAAUGAUAAUUUUCCAGUGAUUAUAAAGAAAAGGUACACAAUAUGUAGAGACCGAAAACCAAUUUGUCUUACUGCUGUGGAUGCUGAUAUACCUCCCCAUACAGUUCCUUUCCAUUUUGAACUUCCUGACCGGGUAGUGCCACAGUGGAGAAUAGUACCACAUGACGAAAAAUCUGUGUAUUUAGAACCAGUGGGCCAAAUCAAUUAUGGUGACUACUCAAUUCCUGUCAGAGUUACUGAUAAUGCCGGUCACAGUGGCGUCACUGACGUAGAAGUUCAAGUGUGUGACUGUACAACUCCUAGUGAUUGUUAUUCCUCAAGAGACCAACCUGGAAUUGGUAUACAGCGAGCACCUAAUGUUACACUUGGAAUUUGGGCCAUCCUGGCAAUGAUUUUGGGAUCAUUAUUACUGCUAUUGAUCUUGAUCACACUUUGCCGCUGCUGUGGGGCUGCACAUGUCGGUACUAGUAAACACGUCUGUGAUGAUCUGGCGAACCAGAAUUUAAUUAUAUCAAACACUGAAGCCCCUGGAGAAGAAGUAAUGGAUCCCAACAUACUUCCUGUGAAAACAGGAAACAUGGUUACAACUGAUCAUGGGGUUGGCAUGACAGGUGGUGGAAUCAAGACUACGGGGCAUGAAUCCUUUGAAAUGGUAAAGGGUGGACACCAGACUCUGGAAUCAGUCAAGGGUGUAGGAGGACAUCAUACCCUAGAAUCUGUCAAAGGUGGUGGACAUCAUACCCUUGAAUCUGGAAGGGGCUAUGGCCAGAAUAUGAUGGAUGCAUACAGAUACAAUUAUUCAGAAUGGCAAAAUUUCACACACCCUCGUCUAACUGAGAAAGUGUAUUUGUGUGGUCAGGAUGAAGAGCAUAAGCAUUCGGAUGACUAUAUCCUUUCAUAUAACUAUGAAGGAAGAGGCUCUCCAGCUGGCUCCAUAGGCUGCUGCACUGAUCAGCAAGAAGAAGAGGCGCUUGACUUUUUAGAUCAGCUGGAACCCAAGUUUAGGACAUUAGCAGAAACCUGUGUUAAGAGAUAAAGUGCUGAUAAUCCUGAAGAAAAUCAUCACCUUUUCCACUGGGUAGCUGUUUUAAAGCUUGAAUAUAGCAUAUUUCUUCUUCUUUUUUCCAAUGGGAGUGGUUAUCAAAAUGCUUUCUUUACAUUAAGUUUACCACCGUCAACAUAUCUGUGCCUUACUUCAAGCCACUGUGUGGGAAUUAUACUUCAUGUAAUCUCACCUGUUCUUAAAACUAUACUUUUGAGGUAAAACAGCCUUUUUAUAAUGGGGAACACAUUUUCAGGGUUUCCCCCCUUUCUGCAUCUACCUUACAUUAUUUACAAUAUUGAUAACUAAGGACCAACAAUUGCUGCUUUUUGUGUGGGUGGUAGCAAGCUUCGCUUGAUUCAUUUGCUUUUUUCAAUAGAAAGAUAUGCUAGGACACUAUAGCCAAAUGUUGAAAUAGUUUCUUAUUUGGGUUGCUGUGAGUUUUCUGGGCUGUAUGGCCUGUUCCAGAAACCUUCUUUUCUGGGUUUCUAAUUUUUUUGUUCUUUGAAAACACCAACCCUCUUUGGUUGCAAUUCAAGUAAUGAAUUAAAACAGUGCUAUCAAACUUGUAGUAGACAGAGUGGUACUAGCCCUGUGAGUUUCCAGGAAAGGAAAAAAAACCCAUAUGGCACAAAUAUGGGACUGGUCCCUGGCAUAUAGAGACAGGAAUCUUGGUACCAGUAUAACGUAUCUUUAGAAGCUUUGGAGUAACAAAUGCUAAUCAGCCAUCUAGCCGUAUCCUCCUGGUUCUUCCCUCCCUCCCUUCCUCUGCUUUCUUUCCCUCCAUUUUCAAAUCAUGUUAAGUGUAUUUUAUUUUAUUUUAUUUUUGCAAACAGGGUCUUCUCCUAAAUUUGUUGAUAUUUCUUGUGUGCAUUGUCUCAUUGUGGCUACUUUAGGAGCAGCCUAUAGAAAAGGAAUUAACUUUGAAUAUGUAUGAUGUAGUUGAAUUAUGUAAAAGCCUCUCAAUAACAACAACAAAACAACAAUAGCAACAACAGGAGGAGGAGGAGGAGGAGGAGGAGGAGGAGGAAAAGGGAAGUAUCGCAAUAGAUAUUGGAAUUUUGAAGCUUACUUCUCACUAAAUAUUUAUACAUAAGCUCUGUCAGAAUAUGCUGGAUGGAAUGUAUAAGGCAGUGGUUCUCAACCUGUGGGUCCCCAGGUGUUUUGGCCAACAACUCCCAGAAAUCCCAGUCAGUUUACCAGCUGUUAGGUAUAAGGUGACAGUCACAUGCUUUUGAAAACAAUGGUGAAGACCAGCAUUUCAGCUUCAGAUAUUUUAGAUUAAACAGUAGUGUUUGUUACUCUGCUCACCUGAUUAAUAUAAAACAUUACGUUAAUCACAUCAAAUGAUGGAUGUGAGGAGGGGAAAAAAUGGUAGUACCAGCCAAUACUUGUUAAUGCCUGUCUCUGACAAAAUGGAAAAACCAAAUUAAGAGAUAUAAAAACACAGUCUGUGCCAACUCUCUACAUCACAUGGUAGCGUUGCUUUGCAGUUUAUGUGUAUGGGCUUGCCUGAUGUAUGCUGUUACGAUGAAACAUUUUGGUUGAUAUUCUCCAUAUAAUAUGUUUAUAUACCUAUAAUUUGUUAGGGCUAAGAGACAUGAAGUAGAAUUUUUGAGGUGCUUUCUGCAAUGCUUCAAAUGAGAGGUCUGAAAAAGGUUAUAUAUGUUAACAGCAUUGGGUUGGUUCUAGACUUAGCCAUGCUUAGACUUAUGGAAAUUAGUUGCACUCUAAUUAGUCAUAGCUAUCUUAUGUCAAUCAGAACCAGUGUGGUGUAGUGGAUUGAAUGUUAGACUGUGACUACUGGAAACCAGGAUUUGAAUCUCCACUCAGUCAUGGGAACCCACUGGAUGAACUUGGGUAAGUUACACACUCUGUCUCAGAGCAAGGCAACAGCAAACUCAUUAUGAACACGAAACCCUGAGAUAGAUUCCCCUUAGCACAGGGGUUCUCAAAUGUUUUAAGCACAGGAUUGGUUCAUGGUCCCUUGGACUGUUGUAGGGCUGAACUAUAGUUUGGAAAAGAAAGACAGAAAUUCCUGUGCACACUGCACACAUCUUCCAUGUGCUAAAAUCUCAUGAAAAACAGUACAGUAUUUAGACUAAACAAUUUUAAGCACCAUAAAUUUACCAGUAUUUCAAUGGGAAGUUUGGGCCUACUUUUGGCUGAUAAGAUAGUCAAGUUAAUUAGGAUUGUUUCAGAUUAGGGUGGGGGGCCAGGUAAAUGACUAUGGAGGACUGCAUCUGAUCUGGCCUUAGUUUGGGAACCACUGUCUUAGCAUCAUCAUAAGUUGGAAACAACUUGAAGGUACCCAGUAACAAACAAUAUAAUUUUUAAGGAUAGUAAAGUCUGAAUCCAAGACAUUUAAACAAUUAAAAACAAAUGCCUUGCCUAUUACAGAAAUUGAUAUAAUUAUGAUGAAAUUUUAAUAUUCAAAUUUGUUGAUAUUUUCUGUUUUACAUUGUCUUCUUAUGCUGUAUUAGGCAGGUGCUACUAAUGUCUAAAUCAGUUGAAUCGUAAGUGGUGAUUAUUUCAGAAACCUGCAACACUGAGAAAAGGUCUGCAUUAUUGAAGAAAAGCAAGCUUUAAAGUUUAUAGAAUACUGUACAAUAUCUGCCAGGAACAUAAUUUUGUCUUCCAGAACUAGUUGCACUAAAUUUGCUUAAACUUUUUUUUUUUUGUGGUGGGUGCAAUUGGUUUUUGUAAAUUAGCUUUUCUGUUGUAUGUCUGUUGUUUAUUAUUUAGUCUUUAGUACAAGAUUGAUUAUUUUCCUGGGUCUGCGGAAUCCAGAGAAAAUACUGCAAGUGUUGAAGAUCAGUACAGAGCUUUAAAUGGCCCAUAACUUUUAUUCUAUAUUCAGUUUUCCCUCAAGGGAUACCAUUUUGGAAAUCUAAAACUGAAGUCUCUAUAUCUGAUAAAAAAAGAUGCAUAUGUAUGAAACUAGAGUGAUGAAUACUAAAUUGGUCCUAUUAGAAAUAUAUCUGUUUUAAUGUACUUUGGGGUGCUGAAUUUGGAAAACACAACAAAAUGUUCCAUACUCAAGUAUUCCACAAAUUUAAUAUUUUAUGCAUUAAGUUGUUAUUUAGUUUUGAUGAAGUAUCUUGAUCUUUUUCUCAGAUCACAAUGAUAGAAGAUAAAAGAUUAUCUGGUUUUAUGUCAUGACCAAAGUCAUUUUUUCUUUUAAAAAAGUAAAAGGAACCUGUGUAUGUACGUACCUCCAAGACUUAUGGUGAUUGCAUUCAUUUUUCAUAAGGUUUUCCUAGGAAAGGCAGUGUCUAAGGUGGCUUUGCUUGAUUCCCUGUCAAUAUAGUCUACAGAACCUGGUAUUCCGUAACCAGGUUUCUCAGUCCCUUUAUUGCUUUGUCUACUACACACAGAUUUACUUUGAGUGAAAUGUUGUACAGAAAUCCGGUCUUUUAUUUUAACCUAGUUUUACAUCAAACAAUAUACGGAGACAUAUUCUUCAAGAAUCACACAGAAAAUGAGACCCUAUAGAACAACAGCAUUCUUAGAGAAUAUUUAUGUAAUUUUAACAUGGUUUUAGUCUUGUAUCAACUUCAGAAUUUUUAAUGGUAUAAUUUAUUGAAGCAAAAAUAUAUUAAUCUAGAACUCUAUUCUGACUUUUGGAGUCAAUUUAAAUAGCCAUAAUCAUGAAGAAUUGGAAUGUUGUGUGGUUUCUGGCCUGAAUGGCCGUGUUAUAGCAGCAUUUUCUCCUGACAUUUUGCCUGCACCUGUGGCUGGCAUCUUCAGAUGCAGGCAAAACAUGCUGGUAGAAGAUGACCAUACAGCCCGAAAACCACACAACACUCUAGUGAUUUUGGCUGUGAGAGCCUUCGACAAUACAAAUCACGAAGUAUGUUUGAGGGUUGGACUGGUUAGGAUGAGACAAUAGAAACAAGAUAAAAGUAUAAAACAGAAUAAAUUCCAUGUCAAAUCAUGUUAUAUCUGUUCCACUUUUUCAGUCUAGGUAAUGUUUAUUAAGAGGAGGUACCCUGUGGCAGAAGAUAGAUAUUCCACAUUCACAUCUCAGCUUGGCCACACAUUUUCUACAUAGGUGAUUUUGGACUAAUCACUAUCUCAACUUUCCAGUUGUAAUUUGGGAAUGAUUGCCCUCCUUAUGUGAUGCUGAGCACUAUAUCCAAAGAGUGUUGAAUACUUUAUAUGCAAAGGACUGUAAAUAUAUUUUGGUUGCUUGAUUUUAUUAGCUGGACAAGGUUUUUCACAUUUAAAAAGUAGUGCCAUUUGCUUGCUCUGCAUUUGGAGUGCAGAAUAUGCCGCGCAAUUAACACAUACAUUGUUUGAAUGUAGAAACAUUCAUAUUAUUGUGAUGGCAGUAAGGAUUCUCAAUGCCUGCAAUGUACAUUCACUGAGCAAUCUCUUUAAAUUACCAAAUUUACUGUCCUGAAAGAGUUGAAAAUACAAACUAAUGUAUGAUCAAUUCUCUAUAUGUAAAGUUUGAGCAUUUUGUAUUAAAUAUUUAUAAAAACUUUACAACAGAUGGUGUAAAAAACCCCUAGGUUUUAUGUUUAUAUCACCAACUAAGUGCUUGACUCAAACUGAAAUAGAUUUGUUAUUUCCAACUCUGUACUUCUCAGGAGCUGUCUAACUGUGUAAACAUCUUGUUUUGUUUCAUGUUUUAAAUACAUUUUGUACGAGAAAAAUAAAGUGGCUUUUAUUUCAAAAUAAA